UACUUAUCCACGUGGGUUCUGCGCGUGUUUCCCGGUCUCUGGUAGCCGGUGCUUUAAGCUCUGUCCCGGCGUAGUCGACAUGGGUCGCUCGGGGAAGUUGCCCUCCGGUGUCUCGGCCAAGUUGAAACGCUGGAAGAAAGGCCAUAGUAGCGACAGCAACCCUGCCAUCUGCCGCCACCGCCAGGCCGCCCGCAGCCGCUUCUUCAGCCGGCCCUCAGGAAAAAGUGACCUGACAGUUGAUGCGGUGAAGUUGCAUAAUGAGCUGCAGUCCGGGUCCCUGCGUCUGGGCAAAAGCGAAGCCCCUGAGACGGCCAUGGAAGAGGAGGUGGCCUCCGCUCUCACGGAGAAGUCCUCGGGUACCUUCCUGAGCGGCCUCUCGGACUGCACAAAUGUCACCUUCAGCAAAGUGCAGCGCUUCUGGGAGUCCAACUCGGCUGCUCACAAGGAGAUCUGUGCUGUUCUGGCUGCCGUCACUGAGGUGAUUCGCUCCCAGGGAGGGAAGGAGACAGAGACUGAGUACUUCGCUGCACUGAUGACAACGGUAGAGGCAGUGGAGUCCCCCGAGUCUCUGGCUGCUGUCGCUUACCUGCUGAACCUUGUCCUGAAGCGCGUGCCCAGCCCUGUGCUCAUUAAGAAGUUUUCUGAUACCUCCAAAGCCUUCAUGGACAUCAUGUCAGCCCAGACCAACAGUGGCUCCACCUCUGCCCUCCGAUGGGUCCUCUCCUGCCUGGCCACCGUUCUGCGGAAGCAGGACCUGGAGGCCUGGAGCUACCCCGUGACCCUACAGGUGUACCAUGGGCUGCUGAGCUUCACGGUGCACCCGAAGCCCAAGAUCCGGAAGGCUGCCCAGCAUGGAGUAUGCUCGGUCCUCAAGGGCAGUGAGUUCAUGUUUGGUGAAAAAGCCCCUGCCCAUCAUCCUGCUGCCAUUUCCACUGCCAAGUUCUGCAUCCAGGAGAUUGAGAAGUCUGGAGGCUCCAAGGAGGCCACCACCACGCUGCACAUGCUGACGCUGCUGAAGGACCUGCUGCCCUGCUUCCCGGAAGGCCUGGUGAAGAGCUGUAGCGAGACUCUCCUCAGGGUCAUGACCUUGAGCCACGUGUUGGUGACAGCCUGUGCCAUGCAGGCCUUCCACAGCCUCUUCCACGCCAAGCCCAGCCUGGGUACCCUGUCAGCGGAGCUCAAUGCCCAGAUCAUCACGGCCUUAUAUGACUAUGUUCCCAGCGAGAAUGACUUACAACCCCUGCUGGCCUGGCUUAAGGUCAUGGAGAAAGCCCACAUCAACCUGGUCCGACUGCAGCGGGACCUGGGGCUGGGUCACCUCCCUCGAUUUUUUGGAGCCGCGACCACCUGCCUCCUCUCCUCUCACUCGCAGGUGGUAACAGCUGCCACUCAGAGCCUUCAGGAGCUCCUGAAGGAAUGUGUCGCUCCCCACAUGGCCAGCAUUGGCUCCGUGACCUCUUCAGCCUCCGGCCCUGCCCAGUAUAUCUCCAAGAUGUUCAGGGCAGUGGAGGAAGGCCUGACGUACAAAUUCCACGCAGCAUGGAGCUCCGUGUUGCAGCUGCUGUGUGUCUUCUUCCAGGUCUGUGGGAGGCAGGCCCAUCCUGUGAUGAAGAAGUGCCUCCAGUCCCUGUGUGACCUGCGCCUCUCCCCCCAUUUCCCUCACACGGCAGCUCUGGAUCAGGCUGUGGGGGCUGCGGUGGCCAGCAUGGGACCCGAGGUGGUUUUAGAGGCUGUGCCUUUGGAAAUUGAUGGCUCUGAGGAGAAUCUGGAUUUCCCGCGGAGCUGGCUGCUGCCUGUCAUCCGGGACCACGUCCGGGAAGCGCGACUUGGUUUCUUCACCACCUAUUUCUUACCCCUGGCUACCACCCUGAAGAGCAAAGCAAUGGAUCUGGCGCAGGCGGGCAGGACAGUGGAGUCCAAGAUCUACGAUACGCUCCAGUGGCAGAUCUGGACCCUCCUGCCUGGGUUCUGCACGAGGCCCACAGAUGUGGCCGCCUCCUUCAAAGGGCUGGCGCGGACGCUGGGCACGGCCAUCAGUGAGCGUGCAGACCUGAGGGUCACUGUGUGCCAAGCCCUGCGAACCCUCAUUACCAAGGGCUGCGAGGCAGAGGCUGACCGUGUGGAGGUGAGCCGUUUUGCCAAGAACUUUCUGCCAAUCCUCUUCAACCUAUAUGGGCAGCCUGUUGGAGCCGGAGACACCCCAGCCCCUCGCCGGGCUGUGCUGGAAACUGUCAAAACCUACCUGACCAUUACAGAGCCUCAGUUGGUGAACAGCUUCCUGGAAAAAGCCAGUGAGAAGGUGCUGGACUCUGCUAGCUCUGACUUCACCAGAUUGUCUGUGUUGGACCUGGUUGUUGCCUUGGCUCCUCACGCAGAUGAAGCUGCCAUCAGCAAGCUGUACUCCACCAUCCAGCCCUACCUCGAGAGCAAGGCCCACGGAGUACAGAAGAAGGCCUACCGGGUGCUGGAGGAGGUGUGUGCCAGCCCCCAGGGCCCCGGGGCCCGCUUUGUGCAGAGCCACCUGGAUGACCUGAAGACGACCCUGCUGGACUCGUUGCGGAGCACUUCCUCACCUGCCAAGAGGCCCCGUUUGAAGUGCCUCAUACAUAUCGUGAAGAAGCUGUCAGCUGAGCAUGAGGAGUUCAUCACUGCCCUCGUCCCAGAGGUGAUCCUGUGUACCAAGGAGGUGUCGGUGGGUGCUCGGAAGAAUGCUUUUGCCCUGCUGGUGGAGAUGGGCCAUGCUUUCCUUCGGUUUGGCCCAAACCAGGAAGAGGCCCUGCAGCGCUACCUUGUCCUGAUCUACCCUGGCCUCGUGGGAGCCGUGACCAUGGUCAGCUGCAGCAUCCUGGCCCUGACGCACCUCCUGUUUGAGUUUAAAGGUCUCAUGGGGACCAGCACGGUAGAGCAGCUGCUGGAGAAUGUGUGCUUGCUCUUGGCUUCCCGCACCCGUGAUGUGGUCAAGUCGGCCCUGGGCUUCAUCAAGGUGGUGGGAGUUGUCAUGGACGUGGCGCACCUGGCCAAGCACGUGCCGCUGGUGAUGGAGGCCAUCGGGAAGCUUUCAGACGACAUGCGGCGGCACUUCCGCAUGAAGCUUCGGAACCUGUUCACCAAGUUCAUCCGCAAGUUCGGGUUUGAGCUGGUGAAGGGGCUGCUGCCUGAGGGGUACCACAAAGUCCUGGUAAACAUUCGGAAAGCCGAGGCCCGCGCCAAGCGGCACCGUGCUCUGAACCAGGCUGCCAUGGGAGAGGAUCAGCAGGAGGAGGGAGAGGAGCCUGCCCAGGGCAAAGGCGACAGCAUCGAGGAGCUCUUGGCUGACUCGGAGGAGGAGGAGGAGGAGGAAAGGAGCCAGGCCAAGGAGCGUCGGAGGCUGGCCCAACAGAGGAGCCAGGCGUGGCUGAAGGAGGGUGGCGGGGAUGAGCCCCUCAACUUCCUGGACCCUAAGGUGGCCCAGCGAGUCCUAGCCACACAGCCUGGGCCCGGCCGGGGCAAGAAGAAGGACCAUGGCUUCAAGGUGAGCGCCGAUGGCCGCCUCAUCAUCCGGGAGGAGGAGGAGGACGAUGCUGCCAUGGCCAAGACGGAGGAAGAGGAAGGCACGAAAGGGGAGGAUGAAGAGAUGGCUGACCUGAUGGAAGACAUGGGUGUCAGGAGUAAGAAACACCAGAAGCUCAAGCAUCAGAAGGAGGCUGAUGACGAGGAGCUGGAGAUGCCCCCUCGGUACCAAGCCGGAGGCUCUGGCAUCCACCGCCCUGUGGCCAAGAAGGCUACGCCUGGGGCUGAAUACAAGGCCAAGAAAGCAAAGGGUGACGUGAAGAAGAAAGGUCGGCUCGACCCCUAUGCCUACAUCCCCCUCAACAGAACCAAGCUCAACCGCAGGAAGAAGGUGAAGCUGCAGGGACAGUUCAAAGGCCUGGUGAGAGCUGCCCAGCGGGGAUCCCAGGUGGGACACAAACUCCGCAGAAAGGAUCGUCGGCCCUGAAGCCCCAGGGCCCCCAGAGCUGCUCUGUGAUCCAGCCUAAGGUCCCUCUGCAGCUCCCAAGCUGCUUUGACAUCAGUUGCAGAUGCUCGAGGUUCUGGCACAGCGUGGACUCAGAAUGACUUGUUGGACAGGGCUUGGCUUCCAGAGAGGCACCCAGGAUUUUGGAAGCUCCAAACUGGAAUCACCCUUCAGAGAUGUCCCUAGGGCCUAGAGAUGGGAAUGUGGCCUCGCUGCCUCCAAGCAGGCCAGUGAGGCUGCUGCGCUUUCUGCCCAGAUGGCCAUGUGCACCAGAGCAGUUUCCAUUUCUUCCAGCCGCCUGUAGCUAUGUGACACUUAGCCUGGCUGUGAUCUGGGCGUGUAAGAUUUGCUGUGACCAGAUGUAGAAUAAACAUGCACACCAUGCACUAUCCCUAGAAACACUGUGUGUUAUCACCUGCCCCUCCAGGGCCAAGAACCAUGUCCAGCUAUUGGCAAUGGUAGCUUGACCGCUUCUUGGCCAGUCCAGGCAUCCAGUCCAAGGCACUGCAGGCAGCCCUGGGUCGGGCCUUAGAACUUGCCCAGGGACACCCGCCUGUGUCAGGAGGUCUCCCUGGCUUCACGUGACAGCCCCAGUCAGAAGGCAACAUUCGGAGGUGCAGGAGGGGCAGUGAAUGCUCUGGGGCCAGUCUGUAGAGUGGCUGAAAGUUGCUUAGAGCUACGGCGCUGGCUGCCCCAGGCUGCCCCGCGCACAGCUUUCUCCCAGCAGCUUUGUUCGCUGAUUCACUGAGGUGUUUACUGAGCCCCUCGGAGCGCUGAGCGCAGCUGGAUCACCCGCC